GGUGUUAUUUCUCAGUUUUGGACAUAAUCCUUUACAAGAAGUAGCAAUUCUUCUGAUUUUCGAUUUUGAUGGAGUAAGGAUUCUGCGUCUGCAGAAUGAAAGCCGAUCUGAUGCUGAGAAGAUCUUCAAUGAGUUCAAUGCACGAAAACCCGAGGAAAAGAAUGUCUUCAAAGGGGUCACGAAGAAUCACCUGUUCAUGGGAAUAAUCGGUAUAACGAUAGUAUUUCAGGUAACAGACGAAAUUGUGAGUUAUUAUUUGUACAAUCAUGUCGCAGUGUUGCCUGGAUAAAAAUGUUAGAAGUGCAGGUCCUGCGUAUUUUGCUAAUGUUGCUAUUAAGAUCAAUGCCAAGUUUGGAGGAAGAAACUUAGAAUUUGCUAAUCCCAAAGAAAGCUUGCCGGGUGUUACAAUUGAACCAACAAUUAUAUUUGGUGCUGAUGUUACUCACCCUGCCGCUCUAGAUGAUACCGCCCCUUCCAUUGCUUCUGUUGUUGCCUCCCAAGACUGGCCCAAGGUGGCUAACUAUAAUGGGAUUGUCCGUGCACAAGGUCAUCGUAAAGAGCUCAUCAAUGGCCUGGAAGACAUUGUCAAGGAACUCCUACUUGCAUUCGAGGAGAGGUCUAAGCGGAGACCCAAGCAGCUGAUCUUCCAAUUGCACCCAUAUAUACAUGCAAUUGUUUUCAUGUUUCAAUGAAAAAUCAAACAUUAAUUCGUGUUCGUGCUUCCUGGUUGUAAUGUUUCUUUCUUUUUCUUCUUCUUGCAACCUUAAUUUCAACUUCUUAUAGUUAGAACUUUUCUGUCAUGUUCCUCUUGUCGGAAACUCUGAAUGAUGUGGCAUGUAAAUCCUCAACGUUAACCACGAGAAGUUAUUAUAUUACCCCUAUUUGAAUGCAAUUCGUAUUUGCAGCACUAAAAUUUUAUCUUCCAAACAUUCAACUUUGAUUAAAUAUACAAUACGUAAUUAGUAUUAUUCAAUAUAUCUUUGGAUCUAUUUUCAAUAAAUUUAUUUAAAAAUAUAAAUAUCACUAAUAUUUCUUAUAGGAUGAGGUCCUUUAUACCAUCGUCCCUGCUAGCGAGACAGGAGGUCCCAGUGGAGCGGCUAAAGCCGAGGGUCGAGGCACAGGAGAGAGGGAACUAGGCUCUCAAGUAAAAGUACCCGAUCGGACUAAACCCCCAAGAGAAGGUGAAGCUGGAGAAGGAGCACAUGUGGCUAUUCAUGGACGACAGCAUCAAGGACCUCGCCAACAUUUCCAUGGAGUAGAUCAACGCCACCGAGCUCACCAAGAACGAUGUCGACAUCCGGUUCAAGUGUACAUCCACUCUGCGCCUGCUGCAAUGCUGAUUUAAUUGUUGCUCUUAACACAACCAUUUGCGAUUCAGAUUUUGACAACUCUGAUAUUUAGUCCUUGAUGCACUAUUAGAUGACUGUGCCGUGGUAUUUGAGAUAUGUGAGCCUCAUGAUGCAGUAUAGUUGCAGGAACCUACUAACACAGCUUCACUUCUAACUCCCUCUCACUGUAUUUCCCUUUCUUUGUAGCUAUAGCCUUUUACCAAACUUGUCACUCAUUGGAAAUUUGGCCUACAACAUGAAUAACUUGGGUUCAAGUGAGGCCUUGUUCGUUUA